AUGGCAAGUGUUCCGGAACCUCACCGCCCCCUCAAAGUGUUGAUCGUUGGAGCUGGGAUCGGAGGGUUGACUGCGGCCUUGGGCCUGCGCCGGCACGGGCAUGAGGUGAUACUGUUUGAACGGUCACAACUGGCAAAAGAAACCGGUGCUGCCAUCCAUCUCGCCCCUAACUGCCAUGGCAUUCUCCGGAGACUCGGCGUGUUCCCCGAGUCUUUCGGGGCGAACCCCGUGAAUGGUGUCACUGAGUACUCGUCCAGCGGCAAACUCAAGUUCGACCUGGAUUUGAGGAAGGCGUUGUCGAUCUGGCAGCAUCCAUGGGUGCUCUCCCAUCGAGUCCAGCUCCACGAAGACCUGAAGCGCAAGGCCACGUCUCCUGUGGGAGCCGGGACACCGGCAGUGCUCAAGACCUCGAGCAUUGUCACAAACGUCGACCCCGACACCGCCACUAUUACCCUUGAGGAUGGUUCUUCCUACGCUGGGGACUUGGUGCUAGGCGCAGAUGGAGUUAGCUCCGUCACGCGCAGGAUUGUCGCCGGGCCCGACAUCAAGCCAUUUGGCUCCGGCAAAAGCGCCUUCCGGUUCUUGAUACCUAUAAGCCAAAUCCGUGAGAAUCCGACCACAACAAAGCUUGCCGGCCGCGAGGGAUACAUGACCAUGUGGAUGGGAGACGACCGCCGUCUGGUCAUGUAUCCGUGCUCCAACAAUACCAUGAUGAACUUUGUGGGAAUCCAUCCGAGUGAGCUGUCAGCUUCCAGGGGAGAAGGCUGGAACCGUGGCGUGAGCAAGCAGGUCCUCCUCGACGUCUACAGCAGUUUCGAGCCCACUGUCAGGGCACUGUUGGAGAUGGUCGAUGUAAGUGCGCUCAAGGUAUGGACCUUGCUGGACAUGGACAGGAUCCCAGCUUGGCAUAAGGGGCGGUUGGCGUUGCUGGGUGAUGCCGCUCAUCCGUUUCUGCCCCAUCAGGGCCAAGGUGGCGGCAUUGCCAUUGAGGAUGCAGCAUCCCUCUGCGUCCUCCUGCCCAGAGGCACCACCGUCGACGAUAUCCCCGAGCGGCUGGCGCUGUACGAAAAGAUCCGCGACGGCAGAGCACACAAGGUUCAAAGCCUGACAAGAUUGGCCGGGAUGGACCUCAACGACGCCAACCGCGGCACCUUCAACAUAAUGGACUUCAUGCACUACAAUUUCGGCCACGACGAAUGGCACAAUACCUCACGCGCCCUGAAAGAGCACCUCUGGUCGCGCAGCGGCCAUCCCAUACGCUGGCGGUCACCGCUCUCCUUCGGGCCCAUGCCGAGCCCACGGCAAGACCACUUCGGCCAGCCCAUCCCCGCGCACGACUCGCGCUUCACGACAUACUCGCUCCGUUUCCGCACGUCGGCUACAUACCUCAAGACACUGUUCCCCGCGCCCGGGUUCAGCUUCGUUGGCCCCGGGACCGUGGCCGAGGCGAGUUUUCGGUGUACUGAGUUGAGGGGGAUGAAAUGGCUUGGUGGGGGUGGGUAUAAGUACCUUGGUCUGUGGAUCCAUGGGGUGCAGUACACGCGAAAGGAUGGGGGGAACGUGGUGGGUUCGUUGUUGGUGGUCUUGUUGGAGUCAUUGGCGGAUCCCAUCAUCACGGGGCGUGAGGAGUUGGGCAUGCCCAAGUUGUUCUGCGAUAUUGACAUCGACGAGGGGACGAAGGAUUCGGUUGGGGUUGAGUGCAGCUGGGGGGGCGUGUCGUUUCUCAGGAUGCAGUUGGAUCGCCUUGAGGAGGGUAGCGCGGAGAAGACCGAAACGCAAACCAACGGCACAGCGACGGAAGCACACUAUGGACAGGCUGUUGGGCCUGAGGAGCAAGGGAUCAUGUUCUACCGCUAUCUGCCGGCUGUGGGCAAGCCCGGGGAAGCGGAUGCUUCAUACCCCGUGCUCAUCCGGGACAACGCCUCUUCGACUCCUCGCGUGGUGAAGAAGAGCCGCCACAGCCGUGACGGCAGGCUCCAGUUCAUCGAGGGUGAUUGGAACAGCUUGCCGACUCUUCACCAUAUCGCGGCUGAGUUCUCGCAGAUUCCGGUAUAUGGUAUUCUCGAAGCAAAGGUGGAGGAGGGCUGUGGUGUCGAUGACUUGGCCAAGGCGGAGAGGAUUGAGUAGGGGCC